AUGUCGAAGAAAAAGAAAACCGUUAAGCAACAAGAUUUUCAAAAGAAAAAAUUGAAAAUAGGUAAGGGAAAAGUUCAACCUAGCAAUAUCACAAACACAUCCUUUGUUAGUAAACAAAUCAAAUUACCUAACCAGAAUAAAUUAACAAGUAACACAAGGGCUACAAAUUUACCAACUCUUGAUUCAGUUAAAAAACUAAUUGCUAACAAACUAUUGUUGUUAACACAUUAUUCUCCCAACGUAAGAAAGGACAGCUUACAAGUUAUAAGCAAAAAUAUCAAAAUAUUAAAUGAAAGUUGUAAUACUAAUAAUAAUGCAUUAGUUAAUGGUAUACUUAAUAAAAGUUUUAAACUAAUGUGUGAUGAUGAUAAAGACGUAAGAAAUGCAUAUGCAGAAUUGUUAAUUGAAAUUUGUGAAACUUACGACAAUGGUAGAUUGUUAUUAGAACUAAAUUUAGACAAGUUAGUUUUAUAUUUAUUUAAUGCAAUGACACAUAUAACAUUUGGUAUUAAGACAAAUUCCGGUAUGUUUCUCAAGAUAUUAUGCAAAUAUUGUCCUGGUGAUAUAUUGGUUAGAAGAUAUUUUAUCAAAGUGUUAAACACUUUUUUACCGGUUUUGGGUUGGAGUAUUGACAACAGUGAUGGUGGUAGUAGUAACAAUACCAAUACAAGUAGUAAUAUAGUUGUAAUUAAUAAAAAUGUUAAAAGUAAAAUAAUUAAUUUGGAGGCAUUAACCUGGUUUAUCAAGAUGGGUAUAGAAGAAAAAGAUGGAAAGGAAAUGGGGAAAGAGGGAGAUGAUAAUUUUAAUUACAAUAAAAUAGUAUUUAAGAAAUAUUUAUUACCAGAAUAUCCUCAACCAUAUAAACAUUUAAAGUUGUACGAACGGGAUGUUAAUAUGGUGGCAGGUAGUGUUGCAGAUAGUAAGACCAAUACGCUACAAGAUUUAUUAAAUUUAUCGAUGGAAGAUUAUAAUACAAGAUUAGAUAUUUUUAAUCGAUAUUAUAAGCCACUAAUUGAGCCACAUUUAAACCAAUUGAUUAAAGAGGGAGGAGAAUUGGGUAAGAUGACUAAUAAUUGUUUAAAAUUGGUUUCAGGAGAUGGUAGGAUUUAA